UACUACUCUUAUAUAUUUCACCAUGCUAAUUACCAACCCACAAUCAAGAUAUCAGCAAAUACUAUAGAUAGAUUAUCAUCAUAUUUGCUACAACCAUCAGAGAGAGAGCAAGAAAGAGUUGUUAAUGGAGGGCAAGAAAAGCACCAUUAGUGUACUCAUGUUACCAUGGCUAGCUCAUGGUCACAUAAGUCCAUUCCUAGAGCUAGCCACGAAGCUUGCAAAUAGAAACUUACACAUUUACAUGUGUUCCACUCCUGUAAAUCUGAACUCCGUCAAGAAAAGAGUCGCCGGGAUGUAUUCUCGGUCAAUAGAAUUAGUUGAGCUUCAUCUUCCAUCCUUUCCAGAUCUUCCUCCUCAUUACCACACUACCAAAGGCCUUCCAACUCAUCUCAUUUCCACCCUCAACAAAGCUUUUGAAAUGAGCACUCCAUUUUUUUUUAAAAUAUUACAAACUCUAAAUCCAGACUUGGUCAUUUACGACUUUAAUCUGCCAUGGGCUGCUGAUUGCGCCUCCUCUGUGAACAUUCCUGCUGUGCAGUUCCUUACUUUUAGCGCGGCUGUCAUUGCUUUGGGCAUCCACAUGUAUGAUAAGCCAGGAGAAAUGUUCCCAUUUCCUGAAAUUUACCUGCACGAAUAUGAAAUGCUUAUUAUAAAGAAAGCUCUUGAUCAAUUACCAGGUAAGAAGUUCCCAUUCGACGAGGCUCUUAGGCGAUCGCGCGAUAUUAUUCUGGUGAAAACUUGCAGAGACAUUGAAGGGAAAUAUAUGGAUUAUCUUUCAAGUUUGGUUUCCAAGAAAGUAGUCCCGGUUGGUGCACUAGUUCAAGAAUCCAUUGACCAAGAUGGCCACGAGGAGAUCACGCAAUGGCUUGACAAGAAAGAUAAAGGUUCAACUGUGUUUGUUUCAUUUGGGAGUGAGUAUUUUCUAUCUAAGGAUAAAAUACAUGUAGUAGCUCAAGGGCUAGAGCUUAGCAAAGUGAACUUCAUUUGGGUCAUUAGGUUUCCACAAGGUGAAAGAAUUAGUACUCAAGAUGCAUUACCAGAAGGAUUUCUUGAAAGGGUAGGAGAAAGAGGAAUGAUUUUGGAAGGAUGGGCUCCUCAAGCAAAAAUUCUUCAACACUCGAGCGUUGGAGGGUUCGUGAGCCACUGUGGAUGGAAUUCUUUGAUGGAAAGCAUGAAGUUUGGUGUGCCCAUAAUUGCCAUGCCAAUGCAGGUCGACCAGCCGAUGAAUGCUAGGCUUGUGGAAUAUAUUGGGAUUGGAAUGGAAGCAAUGAGGGACGAAAACGGAAAUCUACAAAGUGAAGAGAUCGCAAAGGUGAUAAGGAAGGUGGUAGUGGAUGAAAUCGGGGAGGUUGUGAGGAAGAAUGCUAGAGAACUGAGUGAGAAGAUGAAUGCGAAAGGGGACGAAGAGAUAGAUGGAGUGGUGGAAGAGCUUGUGGCACUUUGUAACAACAAAUGAUCAGCAAUAGGAUUUAAGACUUGUAUUUAUAGAUCAUUUGAUCCUCUUUUCUGUUUUAUCAACAUUCUUCCCUUUUGUUGUUACCAAAACACAUUUAUUAUAAAUAAUUAUGUGCUGUUGGCUUAA